AUCCCAUUCCUGCACGCUCACAGCCAUCCAUUCCCCAGACGUCACUCCAUCUCGAGACCUUCUUCCCAGGGCAUAUAACCAGGACCUCGUCCUCCCCUCCGUUCUCAUCGCCAUGGCCCGUACUCGAGCCCAAACAGCGGCCCAGAAGGCGCUCCCAUCGCCGGCGUCAAAUAGUCAAGGAAAUCGACUCGGGCCGCGCAAAGACAGUUCUCGAAAGCGCGUAAGCAGGCACGCCGAACGUAAUCGCCUGCAUCCAACUACACCCAUUGAGACGCCGAUUCCAAAAGAACAACCGGCGCCUGUCCAGAGCAGAUGUCGCAAGCGCAAGCACUCAAUCGAACACGUACUCGAGACCAGCCCAGACCCAAACCCAGACCCAGACCCAGACCCGAAGCGACAAUGUAGAUCCCCCCAACGCCGUACGGAAGACGCAUUUGUCGAGCCAGCGAUUAGCAGCGGCGUCUACAAACAUACUGACCCGAUUGCGUUCUGGGUGAAGGAGGGACGCUGGCCAGAGAAGGACUGGCCGGAAGAGACCUCAAAGACAGAUUUUACUAUGGACCGUCUACCACUUGCACGAAAGAAGUCCUCGUCUAAUCUGUCCCGGAAGCGAUCAAACUCUACUACAUCCUGGACGACUCCCAGCGACCAGAAGCCGAGGGAGGAGAAGAGCGUGCCAUACCGAGACCAGCGUUAUAAGACCCUACUCGAGGUCAAAGGCAGUUACAUGACUGAAGCUCCGUUAGGCUUAGCCGGCGCCGGCCAGGCUCUUUGUCGGUCUCUCCUAGAGAAGACGACACUAGUUCCUAGCGAUAAUACACUCUUCCGCGAUGAUAUCUUCGAAACGACAUGCCAGAAGAUAGAUAACAAAAAUGAGGCACGAGUUAUUCAAGACAUCAGUCGGCUUAUUGUUCCUUCAGCUGAAAGUCUUGCGACAUUCGGUGCAAAACACCUUGACAUCCUAAUAGAGAGCGUUAACGAAGGGUGGAACAACUCGAUCCCUCUUACUAGCCCCCGUCCACAGCCUGACUACUCCGUCGGGUUCAAACGAGACGCAUUUACUAAGGACCAGCUCGCCAAGCUGUCGCCAUUCAUUGGUGACUUUAUCGCCGGGGACCAGUCCUUCUUUAUAGCUACGUACUAUAUGUACUUCCCGUUCCUGACUUGCGAGGUCGGGGCGCUCGAAAUCGCAGACCGGCAGAACGCCCACAGUAUGACCCUUGCGGUACGGGGCAUCGUCGAGCUCUUCCGUACCGUCAAGCGUGAGGAUGAGGUCAACCGGAAGAUCCUCGCAUUCUCUGUCUCGCAUGACCACCGGUCGGUACGGAUCUACGGCUACUACCCGGUGAUAAACGGGAAAGAUACCAAGUACUACCGGCACCCGAUCCAUGAAUUUUCUUUCACCACGCUAGACGGGAAGGACAAAUGGACGGCAUAUCGAUUUACGAAAAACGUCUACGAUAUGUGGAUGCCCGAGCAUUUCAAGAACAUCUGCUCUGCCAUCGAUCAGUUGCCCUCGGAUUUGGACUUUGAUGUCCCCCCGCUUUGAGGCAACUGGGCUUUCUGAGGCAACCGGGCUUUCCCAGGGUCUAGGGAACUUGAUGUCGGAGGCAGGCUCAGCUUUAGUACCUACCGAACUAGACA